CUGGCGUGUAGCUGGCCGUUAUGGAGCGGAUGUUUAUCCUUCAGGUGGCUUUUCGGAGUCUUAUUGCUCACCGGUUUGUGUUUUAGGACUUUUAAGAAGACAGAUCCUGACAAACGGAGGAUCUUAGUGUUUAAUAAAGUCAGGGCGAAGCAAUGGAGCCCGAAGUUCCGCCGCCAUGGAAGCCGAAACGCGAAGAAGCCGAAGAAAAUGUGGAGGAACCGCAGGAAACGAGGGUAUACAUCGGUGCUGCCUUCUCCAGGUGGACAUCACUGAAGAGGGACAAGUGUUUCCGGAGUGACGCUGAACUGGCGUGUUUUCUGCUGGAUAGCUACGAGAGAGGUGCCACAGCAUUGACUGCCAUGAAGGUAAAGCUUUCAGAUGCCCAGCAGCUGUUGCCAGUUAAAGAAGAGGUUUCCUGGAGCCCCAGUCUGGACCAGCAGCACACAGACCUGACAAGUCAAGAGGGAGAGCAGCUUAAUGGGCUGGAUGAGGCUAAUGUAACCAGGUUCCCAGUAAGUUCUGUGAAGAGUGAACAUGAUGACAAGAAAUCUGCUUCCUCACACCUUCAUCAAAGGCCAACGGAAGGCAACAGCGACUCAGAGCGUCUAACCAGCUGCUCAGCUAAACAAAUAAUAGCAGAAACUGAUGGAGAGCUCUGUGGAGAAGCAGAAUCAGCUAGGAACCCAAAUCCACAACCAAAUGCUGAUGGAAAGGCUUCAGAUGAUGAAUUGCAGAAACCUGAAACUGAAGACACUGAUGAUGGCUGGAAGGAGAGCAGGACAUUUAGCAGUACCAACACAUACUCCAGCUACUCUGACUGUGGUGAACAUUUUCGUUAUAGGAAGUCUCUUCAGAGACAUGUGACACGUCAUUUAGGAAAAAGGACUAAUAACAAAUGUUCUAAAGUAAGACAAAAUGCAGUUUCACAGAUGGCGAGCCACACAGAAGAGAAACCAUUUGGCUGUGAUGUUUGUGGACAAAGAUUUAAGAGAGAAGCAAAUCUGAGGACACACAUUAGAGUCCACACGGGUGAGAAACCAUUCAGCUGUAAAGUGUGUGAGAAAAGAUUUAGACAUCAGUAUAAUCUUUAUAGACACAUGAGAAUCCACACGGGCGAGAAACCAUUUAAUUGCAGUGUUUGUAAUAAAAGAUUUUCACAACUAUGGGACCUAAAAAGACACGAGAAUGUCCACACAGGAGAGAAACCAUUCAGCUGUAGCAUAUGUGGUAGAAAAUUUACACAACGUAUGCAUUUUAAGAGACACACAAGCGUCCACACUGCGGAGAGAUCAUUUGGCUGUGAUGUUUGUGGUAAAAGUUUUAAAUGUAAGAGAGGCCUGAAGAAACACACGAGAAUCCACACAGAAGAGAGACCAUUCAGUUGUGAUGUUUGUAAUAAAAGAUUUUCACAGUCAUGGAUUUUGAAAAGACAUCUGAGCACCCACACAGGAGUUAAGCACCUUCACCCAGAUGAACCAAGAUGUGUUGGUUUGGUGACCGCCAUACCAGCACCAGCCUUUUCAGAGUUGGUUCAGAUACAAGUCUCAAGCAGAGAAGAUGUCCAGCAGAUUUUGCUAGAAGAAUUUCCCUCAAGCCCCAGACUGAACCAGCAGGACAAAGACUCCCACCAGAUAAAGGCAGAACAGGAGGAACUCUUCACCUGUCAGGAGGGGGAACACCUUAAUGGACUGGAGGAGGCCGAUAUCACCAGGUUUCCAGUUGCUGCCAUUCAAGUGAAGAGUGAAGAUGAUGAAGAGAAACCUGAUUCCUCACAACUUCAUCAAAGGCCAACUGAAGACAACAGUGAUUCAGAGCCUCCGACCAACUGCUCAGAUAAACAGAUGAAAGCAGAAACUGAUGGAGAUGAUUGUGGAGGACCAGACCCAGACAGAAACCAGUCCAGUCAUUUACAACCAAAUACUGAUGGAAAGAUUUCUGACUCUUAUGAAACUGAAGUCAGUAUUGAUGAUGAUGGUGAUGAUGAUGACUGGCAGGAGCCUUUAACAGAUUCUGAAACUGAAGACAGUGACAACAGUUGGAAGGACAGUGGGGCUUUUGAUUCAGGUGUAAACAGUGAUGGGGGAUCGAACUUUGCCAAAAAAUACUUAAACUGUUCUGAGUGUGGUAAACAAUUUGAGUGUAAGCAAGCUUUUAAGAGACAUGUGGCCAGUAGUUUGCAGCGAAGGGCUUCAUGCUGUUUUGUUAAUAAGAAAUGCUUUAAAGUGAACCAAGCUGCAGAUUUACAAGGGGGAUGCCACACAGAAGAGAAACCAUUUGGCUGUGAUAUUUGUGCACAACGUUUUAAUCAAAAUGCACAUCUUAAGACCCACAUGAGAAUCCACACUGGAGAGAAACCAUUUUGCUGUAGCAUUUGUGAAAAAAUAUUUCGACAUCAAUAUAACCUCAAUAGACACAUGAGAGUCCACACAGGAGAGAAACCGUUUAGCUGUGGUGUUUGUGGACAAAAAUUUAACCGUAACACAAAUCUUAAGACACACAUGCGCAUCCACACAGGAGAGAAACCAUUUGGUUGUGGACUUUGCAGUAAAACAUUUUCACAACCUGGGGAUUUGAAAAGACACAAGAGUGUCCACACAGGAGAGAAACCAUUCAAAUGUAGCAUUUGUAGUAAAAGAUUUACACAGAGAAUUCAUUACAAGACACACAUGAGUGUUCACACAGGAGAAAGACCAUUUGGUUGUGAUUUAUGCAGUAAAACAUUUAACCGAGAAGGAAAUCUGAAGAUACACAAAAGAGUCCACACAGGAGAGAAACCAUUUGGUUGUGAUAUUUGUGGCCAAAGAUUUAACCAAAGCACAAAUCUGAAGACCCACCUGAGAGUCCACUCUGGAGAGAAACCCUUCUGUUGUAGUGUUUGUGGCGAAAGGUUCACGAGAGAGGGAAGUCUGAGGAGACACAUGAGGCGCCAGGGAAUAAACCAUUCAAUUGACAGUAAAGUUGAAUGAAUAUUUUUCAUUCUAUUUCAACAAAUCCAUGAUUUGCAUUUGUAAUUGUUUACAAUUACUUCAUUAUUUCUAAUGAUCUGUUAUUUAUAGGGGUGGGACUUUAACGCGUUAAUUUCGAUUAAUUAAUUAUGGGGAAAUUAACGCGUUAAAAAUGUUAACGCAUUUU